AUGGCGUCGAUUUUGUCGUGCGGCGUGACGUCGAACGACGGGUUCCAGACGUCGAUUCCAACGGGGGCCAUACUGAUCUUUUGCAUCUGGACGCCGUUGUUGCCGUGGACGAACGCCCCGUCCGGGCCCACCACGCCGCCCAUGAUCUGCGUGAGCUCUUUCUUUGGCCGCUGUUCGAUCACGAUCUCGUCGCCUGUGGAUCGGGUGAAGUCGAUCGUCGUGGUUGGGGCCGCGCCGAUAAAUUUGAUCGACGGAUACAGCGACGCAAUCAGCGACAGCUGGAACGUGCCGAUCUUGUUGGCCAGGUCGCCGUUCUUGACGAUGCGGUCUGCUCCCACGAUGAUGAACUUGAUUGGUGCCGCGCUUGGCAACGACCGGUUGGCCUUGUUUUUGGCCAGAGAGUCCACCAAAAACGACACCAUGUUGUCUGUGAUGAGACUGAAUGGGAUCUUCUCGUACUGCAGCUCGUACGCCGUCAGCCGCGAGCCCUGGUUGUACGGCCGUGUCUCGCACGCGUACACAUGGGCCAUCUUCGUGGCCCUGUGCUGGGCCUCCUGGUGCAACGCUCUGAUGAUCCCCAGGGCUGUUCCGUAG